ACUGGGCUACUAUCCCUGCGACUGCGAGCAACCGGGAACCGAAGCGGCACGUCAUGGCGGCCGAGGGGUCAGACCCUACCUCCCCGGCGUCAGCGCCGCCGCCGCCGCCGCCACCGAAGCGGCGAAAGAUCGAGCCGCCCAGGAGGACCAGGCCGUCUCAAGUUACCCCAGAUAAGGACAACUCGGUAGCAUCUUCCAACUCAUCGCCGAUUCCGGGUUCGCUGCCUGCGAGAGUUGAUCUCAACAAAGUUAGAGAGGCAAAGCGAUUUGCCGUCCUUCAAGCGCAGCACGAGGGGUGCCUUGGAAGCUAUAAAAGCUUCGAUUCCCUCUUUGGGAAUUACCUUGUUCCUGUCGUCCCAACGAACGACUUCUUUGAUCAGGUCGGGACCAAACCAUGAACAAGAGCCAAACCAUGAACAAGAAUGGCAAUUUGUGAGUACCGAACAGGACGGCCCUCCUAAUUUUUGCAACUUCCUUUAAGAGCGCGACCUGAUACUCCAUACCAAGUUAUGGACAUGAAAUUUCAUCGAAAUGUUAACAAGAAGUUACUGUCAGCUCAGAGUUAAGUAAAUACCAAGCUGCAUGUGAUGUUGUACGUAUGCCCCCAACUUGCAAGCAGAUCUCGACAGCGACAAAAGGUGAAGGUUUUCCUUCACAGUCGCAGAUCUAAGCGGUGAAAAAGCUUUGCAUUGUGGCGAGCAUAUGUUAGUGUGUUAGCUUUCUUUUUUCUAGUGGGAAUUUGUAUCCGGUCCUUGCUAUCACCCCACCCGGCCUCUCAGGAAUGCACAUCUGGAUUCAAUCAUUUUAUUCUCGUAUUCCUCUCUCGUCACUAAAACAUCCUCUUCGAUUAUUGACACUUUUUUCCCAGCA